AUGGAGGUGAAAGGAGUAAGGGUUAAGGUUCUUGGGAGGGGAUCGUAUGGGGCUGUACAUUUGGUCCAAACGAUAGGUCAUGUUCCUCAAUUUUAUGCCGUGAAAUCUGCUGAUGAGACAAUGUCGUCGUCUUUACGAAAGGAAUAUCAAAUCCUUCAACAGUUUAUCGCUUGCCCCAAUAUUGUUCGGUGCUUUGGUGCUUUCACCAGCGUUCGACGGGGUGGUCAAGGAAAUGUUUUCAACCUGUUUCUUGAAUAUGCUUCAGGAGGCAGCCUGUUGGAUUUGAUGAGAGAGUAUGGAGGUAAAAUACCUGAACGGGAUGUUAAGUGCUAUGCAAGGAUGAUACUGGAAGGGCUGGUCGACGUUCACAAGAAAGGAUACAUUCAUUCUGAUCUCAAACCAGGUAACAUUCUGGUUUUUCCUCCUCAAGAUAGUAUUGGCUUGAAUACUUUAAAGAUUGCGGAUUUUGGGUUAGUUAAACAAUAUGGGGUAGAAGAUAAAAGGAUUUGGGAAUAUGGGUUUCGAGGCACAGCAAUUUAUAUGUCUCCUGAAUCUGUCAUUGGAGAAGUUACUGGAGCAUUGGAUAUAUGGUCACUCGGCUGCAUCAUCGUUGAGAUGAUUACGGGGAAAUUGCCAUGGGUUUUUCGUAACUUGAAGGAUUUGAGAGACAAGCUUUUGAGGGGGGAAACACCUCAAAUCCCAGAAAACAUGUCGAGUAUGGGGAAGAAUUUCUUAAUCAAGUGUUUUGCUAGGGACCCAAACCAGAGGUGGACAGCUAGAAAGCUGUUAAGCCACCGUUAUCUUCUCGCAGAGCACACCCUAUUUCCAGUUGCAAGAAGUUACAACUCAUCCCUUUCUUCAACAAAUUUUCACGAGAAGAAACUAUUCCAAUCUCCCAAAGGUUUCUUGAGCUAUAACUUAUUCCCACCUGCUGGAAGAAGAGAUUUUCUUGAGGACGUAAGGGUGCAGUUAAUGAAGACCAGUCUGUGUCAGCGCGAAGAGGAAAGAAGACUUGUGAAGUUGGGCGUGUAG